GCGGCGGACCGGGGUCGAUUUCGUGGUUCCGUGCUCCGCACCUGCUCGCCUCGGUCCGUGCGGUGGCGGCGGCCACGACGGCCGUGACGGCCUUCUGCGCCCCCUGGGGGAUCGGGGCGGUGGCGGCGGCGCGGCAGGUUAUUCAGCAAUAGUUAUGAACUCCCGUUUACGAGCCUUAGGUGGGAGGAUAAAUAACAUACGAGCAUCAGAACUACCAAAAGAGAAAACCCGAUCAGAGAUAGUCUGUAACGUCCACUUUUUGGAUGGCUCAGUACAAAGCUUCAAAGUCAAUAAACAGGACACUGGACAGAUUUUGUUGGAUAUGACCUAUAACCAGUUGGGUCUGACAGAGAAGGAAUAUUUUGGUUUACAGCAAAAUGAAACUUCAGUAGAUUCACCUUUUUUCAUUUUGCAGCGAUGGCUUGAACCAAACAAACCUAUUAGAAAACAGUUAAAAGGUUUUCCCUGCACCCUUCGUUUUCGUGUAAGGUUUUUUAUACCUGAUCCUAACACACUUCAGCAAGAACAAACCAGGCACUUAUUCUUCCUGCAAUUGAAGACUGAUAUUGUGGAAGGAAGGUUGUCAUGCCCCAUUAAUUCUGCUGUUGUCCUGGCAUCAUAUGCAGUACAAUCACAACUUGGAGACUACAAUGCUUCAGUACACCAUUCAGGAUAUCUGUCAAAUUACAACUUUAUACCAGAGCAGAACAAAGAUUUUCUUACCAAAGUAGAAUCACUACAUGAGCAACACAGUGGCCUCAAGCAAUCUGAAGCAGAGUCUUGCUAUAUAAAUAUAGCACGAACACUUGAAUUCUAUGGAGUGGAAUUGCACAGUGGUAGAGACCUCCAUAAUCUAGAUCUUAUGAUUGGAAUUGCAUCCAGUGGAAUUGCUGUAUAUAGAAAACUCAUCUGCACAAGCUUCUAUCCCUGGGUGAACAUAUUAAAAAUUUCCUUUAAAAGGAAAAAGUUUUUUAUACAACAACGGCAAAAACAUAAUGAAUCCAGAGAGCAUAUUGUCGCCUUCAACAUGUUGAAUUACAGAGCAUGCAAAAAUCUGUGGAAAUCUUGUGUAGAGCACCAUACAUUUUUUCAGGCAAAGAAGUCACUACCUCAUGACAAAAAGAUAUUGUCACAUUACUGGACCCUGAGUUCCAGAAAUCCAGCAAAGUCUGUAAACAGCCAGUACUGCAGAAAAGUUAUAGGUGGAAUGGUUUGGAAUCCAUCUAUGAGAAGAUCUUUAUCUGUUGAGCAUCUAGAGACCAAAAGCCUUCCUUCUCGAUCGCCUCCUGUUACCCCUAAUUGGCGGAGUCCUAGACUACGUCAUGAAAUUCGUAAACCACGACACUCAUCUGUAGACAACCUCACAAAUGAGAUCAGUUACAUUACUGAAACAGAGGAUGUUUUUUAUACAUAUAAGGGCUCUCCAACGUCAAAGGACAGUGAUUCAGAGUUCUCCCAGAACCGUAGUCCACAGAGGAGGUCAUCUGAGCAAGAAUCACCAAAGAACAUAUUGGGAAACAGUCCAAUGCAGAGUUCUCUGACCCAUAUCUCAUCUAAAGCCUUGACUCAGUCUCCCAAUGAUAUUGGUAACACUUCUGGCUCUUACCCUUUGGAAGGAGUGGAUAAACAAUUCUUAGAAACAUAUGACAACAUCACAAAAAGUGGCUCUACAGAAGAUUCCAGUCAGUACUACUGUGAUAAGAAUGACCUAAUUGAAGGAGAUUUACUUUUGGUGCAUAUCAUACCAGAUGAAGACGGAAAGUUUGGAUUUAAUCUAAAGGGUGGUGUAGAUCAAAAAAUGCCGUUAGUGAUAUCAAGAAUAACUCCAGGAUCACCUGCUGAUAAAUGCAGUCCAAAACUGAAUGAAGGUGAUCAGAUAGUGUUAAUUAAUGGCCGAGAUAUCUCAGAGCACACACAUGACCAGGUGGUCAUGUUCAUAAAAGCCAGCAGAGAAUCUCACACAAGAGAGCUUGCACUUUUGGUCAGGCGGAAAGUUAAACAGUUUGUGGAGCCUAAAUCAGAAGACGAAGCUGAUUGCCACAAUCUCCCGGAAUCUCUUCUUCCUAUGUGUUCUGAAUGUGGUGCUGAUACCCUGGAGGAGUCUAUGGAGCAGCUAAGGAGAGGGUUAGAAAGUGGGGCUGUUCUUAUUCAGUUUGAGCAACUUUAUAGAAAGAAACCAGGGUUGUCAGUUACAUGUGCAAAGGUGCCUCAAAAUAUGGACAAGAAUAGAUACAAAGAUGUUCUACCUUAUGAUGCCACAAGGAUAAUAUUGCAAGGAGAUGAAGAUUACAUUAAUGCAAAUUACGUGAAUAUGGAGAUUCCUUCUGUGGGCAUUGUGAAUAGGUACAUUGCUACUCAGGGGCCUCUUCCACACACAUGUGCACACUUCUGGCAAGUAGUCUGGGAUCACAAGUUGUCACUAAUCAUCAUGUUAACAACUCUCACUGAACGAGGACGGACCAAAUGUCAUCAGUAUUGGCCUGAUCCACCAGAUGUAAUGGAAUAUGGCAGCUUUCGUGUCAGAUGCCAAGCUGAAGAUUGUACAAUUGCUUAUGUUGUUAGAGAAAUGGUGAUUACAAAUGUUGAGACAGAACAACACCACACUGUCACCCAUCUCCAGUACGUUGCUUGGCCUGAUCAUGGUGUUCCAGAUGAUUCCAUGGACUUCUUGGAGUUUGUGACCUGUAUGAGGCCAAAGAGAGUAGAGAAUGAACCAGUCCUUGUUCACUGCAGCGCUGGAAUUGGUCGCACUGGUGUAUUGGUCACUAUGGAAACAGCCAUGUGCUUAAUUGAAAGAAACCAACCUGUUUAUCCACUGGAUAUUGUACGAAAAAUGCGAGACCAGCGAGCUAUGAUGGUACAAACAUCAAGUCAAUACAAAUUUGUUUGUGAAGCUAUUCUUCGUGUUUACAAAGAAGGAUUGGUUCAACCACUGGAUUCCAGUUAGCACAGCAGUGAGGGAUGAAUUCUUUUUUUCCCGUAGCAGGACUGCUCUUUAAGUAAAGCAAGGGCUUGUUUCUGAAACAACUGGAAUGGACUAGAAGCCCAUGAAAAUACAGAUGAGCGCAUAUGAUCCGUGGCACUUUAAAUUUCUCAAGAAGUUUGCUAAAUCAUGUACAGUAUAAUGAAGUCAUGUAGAUAAAUAUAAGAGCAAUUGUGUGUAAUAUGCUUUAUUCACAUAGAUAACCAUAAACAAUCAUGGAAACCUUUUACUGCCUUAAAACACCCUUCACCUUGGAACUUACAAAAGUCCCUGUGUUUCCUUUGAAAUAGCAAAAAGAAAAUUCAUAAUAUUGAAACAAUUCAGCUUAAGAAAGUAUUUAAUAUCUUUGUAUUGUAUGAAAGGUCACUGAAGUUGAUAUUUGUAACUUCCUUAUUGAGAUUCUAAAUAUUCAUGGAAAUGUGACCUUGACUUCUAAAAGGCCUACAAAGAGCUUUAAAGGCUGAUGUAUAACUCCUGUAUAUUAAAAGCUGGUGAAUUUAAGUAUUCAGUUACCAGAAAUAUAUUAGUAAAUAUUCCAGCUGUUAUAAUACACUUCAUAGAAAUAACAUCUACUGUAAGUUAGGUGCAAAAUUAUGCUCCAUUUAAACAUUUAUGCAGAUGAUACAGUCCACAUCUUCUGUUGAUCAAUUUUAAUUGCAACUUGUCCUUUUAACAGUGACCUCGUUCUCACAGUUUUAGUUAUUGUACUCCUAUUUUGUUUCUGAUGUACUCCUUCAUAGUGGUUGUUCGCUGCUAUUUCUAUAUGUGAACUGAAAUAAUUUUAACUUCAAACAAGGUUUAAUUCUCUGUUGCCUUUGUUUCCAUGUGUUUUUAUGAGUUCUCAGAUAUAAAUGUGGAUUCAUGUUGCAUACAAGUACUAGACUUUUGACUUGCUGUAUAUGCAAAGUAGUCUAAUCCAAUACUGGAAGAAAAAUUACUACUGAACCCAUCAAAUUUAUUGCUGCUAAUUCAAGGUGUGAAGCUUACAAGGACACAGGUGUUGCCUAGUGUUCAGGUGGUGAUAAAAUGUUGACUUGCUGCCCUUCAGCAAAAACUGCUCUUAUCCAGUGAAACACAGCUCCCUUUUGCAAGAGAUCUGUGGAUUUCCCAUGUUUCUUGCUUUAUGGAAAUGCAGGUAAAAUCACAUGAAGAUUUACAUGGAAAGAGAGGAUGAAUUUGUACAUCGUGUAAUUCGCCCUAAGGUACACUGGUCUCCGUUUCAUUUCAAAUGGGAGAAUUGGACUUUCUGAACGAUAUAACCACAUUUGUAUAAUGUUAAUUUAUUUUGUGUGUGCUUGUUGAUUACCCUGAGAUAAUUCUUCAUUUUUUAAUGGUGUUUUAAAAAAAUAUU